AUGCCUUUCUCACUCAUACUGUUACAGGCGUUUCUUCUUCAUCUACGCGAGGAAGCCGAAUCCUAUUUUCUCACUCCGGAUCAACCUACGGAUGCUCGGUCAAGCAUCAAACCAAUCAGCGAGUCUGUGGCUAAUUCAACCACUGCUUUGGCUCGAUUAUUGCUAACCUUAACACGCAAUUCCAUUCAACGUUUUCACCAUGAACGAAGCGCCAAACUGGAUAUGAUUUUGAAUCAGGAACGAUGGCAAGCCACACCCGUGCCCAGUCGUGUACAGGAAUUGGUGUCGCGCACGUUUCUCAGUGCCUUGCCUAACGGAACUCAGUCUGAUUCCGAUUUGCCCGGUAUAACCUCUGGUCAGUCCAAUCCGGUCCCCCGUCAACAACAACAACAACAGACCAGUCCCAGGGACGAAGUUAGUUCUGCGCUGAAUUUCGGCAAUGAACGGUUUGUCGUUGUGGGUACAGUUUUGCUACUUCUACCCAUGCUUGUGGACUAUGUCAAUCUGGCUCCACGAUUGCCCUGUUGGCCCGGUUCAGUGGCCGAGCUAGCCAGUCGUCUGGCCGAAUUGCUAAAUGUGAGUCAUCUUAAUCAAGCCUACCCCCGAUUUGGAUUCUUUUGUCAAAAAUGUCUUUUUUUUGCAACUGUUUUUCCUAACGACGAAAGUGAUACAAUUCCUCCUCGUGAUGAUUUUGCGCCGAGGUGA